AUGCAACAUCAAACAAAGACGCCCUUUGAAAAAUGGUUCGAUCGGAAACCAGAAAUCAAGCACUUACGCGUGUUCGGUACAGACGCGUACCUUAAUCAGCUGAAGGAAAAACGAAAAAAAUUUGAUAAUAAAMGCAAAAAGGUUCUCGUCGUAGGCUAUGAUGGAGAAUCGUCGAACUAUAGACUUUGGGACACAAAAAUGCGCCAAAUUUACAUCAGUAGCGAUGUAGACUUGAUUGAAAAUAGCCUAAAGAAUCUGGACAAGAAAGACGCAGCUUAUCGAGUUUUGUUUGACUUCGGGAUGGAAGAAAAGAAUGACAAUGAAGAUAAUCAUCAACAUGAUGUUGGUGCUUUGCUCCCGAUCAACAAGUUGUUGAAGUCGGAGAUAAUGAGCAAAACGGCGAUCAACAACAAGAAAAUGAGCGCAUCGACAAUCAACAAGGAAUGCAACUGCGCAACAGAGAGCAACUUAAUCUGA